UAGGUCUCUCUUUUCCCUUCUGUUUGUUGUGAUUCUGACUCUCCCAUCACACAGUAACAUCCUGAUGAAUUGUUUUGCUGCAGCCCCCCCAGGAGCCUGGACGUGUCCAGAAGGCCUGAGGGAGGGACGCAAGUUGGAGAACUAGAGCACAGACCCCAGCAGGGAUAAGCUGGUCCCUGAAGACAGAUCAGCAGCUCCUGGGUCUCCACAUCCAGACUUCGUGAGAGAAUAUGGAAACGGCAGAGCCAACGGGCCCCAAAGCAGGGAAUGAACUGGAGAGAGACGGGAAGGAGCCAGUCCUGGGAUCAACCAUCUCAGUAAAUCCUCGAUGGUCCCGCACCGGAUGGCGACAGCUGAGGACUGAGCAGUGUGACAGGAUGUCCCAGUAUUGGAAAGAUCAACUUCAGGAGGAGCUACAGAGCUUACGGACACCUGCUGAGGUUGUGCUGACAUCAGUCCCUGCAUCAAAAAACCCUCCGCUGCUGGAUUUGACCCCAGAGGAGGAUAUUGAGGCCUAUCUGGCUUCCUUCGAGCAAGUGGCUGAAGCCUGCCAGUGGCCCAGAGGAGAGUGGGUGACCCGCCUUGUGCCAGCCCUCAGUGGAAAAGCUCGGCAGGUCAUUAGCAGCCUGGAUGCCAGAGAUGCUGGAGAUUAUGGGAAGGUGAAGACAGCUGUCCUGCGAGGGUGCGACAUUGGCAUGGAGACACAGCGCCAGCGCUUCAGGCAGUUCCGCUACCAGGAGGCCGAGGGGCCCCGGGCAGUUUUCUGCCGACUCUGGGAACUUUCCCAUCGAUGGCUGAAGCCGGAGAUCCGCACCAAGGAGCAGAUCAUGGAGCUGCUGAUCCUGGAGCAGUUCCUGACCAUCCUGCCAGAAGAAAUCCAGAGCUGGGUUUCUGAACAUUGCCCAGAGACGUGUGCCCAGGCAGUGUCCCUGGCCGAGGAUUUCCAGGUCACAGUGCGUGUGAAGGUUGAGGACGUGACCCCAGAGGAGAUGGAUGCCCCUGAAGCAUUAUGGGAAUCUCAGAGCACCCAGCUGGAGCCACCACAGCCCCAUCCCGCAUGGGGAUCUCCGGAGGAGGCAGCACUGAGGAAGUAUGAGCUGCCAGGCGCCCCUGGAAAGGGGCCCCGAGUUGGACAACAAAUGGCAGAUGCCAGGAUCCUGAGCAGGACUGAGGAGCAGCCUCAUGACGAAGAGCCUGAAAACCUUCAGCCCCCCAGCAUCUCUCUGCGGGAUUCAGGAGAGAGCAUUAACCACAGACCUGAGCAGGAAGGAGCCUGCAAGAGGCAGAAGAGGAGCCCAGCGGGGAAUGAGCCAGAUCCCCUAGGGGAACGGGAGAGUGGAUUCAGGAGACUAAUCCAACCUCCUGCACCGGGGAGAUCUCAGGCCACAGGGGACCUUCACCAUCAGAACAGCGUUCACAGGACAGAGAAGCCCCAUAAAUGUCGAGAUUGUGGGGAAAGGUUCUGGGAGAAGCAGGCGCUCACGGCCCACGGGAGAGUUCAUGAGAAGGACAGACCAUAUCCCUGUCCUGAAUGUGGGAAGAGUUUCAACAGACUGACCCAUCUCAAAACCCACCAGAGAACCCACACGGGAGAGAAACCCUAUUUCUGUGCCGAAUGUGGGAAGAACUUUGGCCACCUCUCCACGCUCAUUACACACCAGAGGCUGCACACAGGGGAGAGACCCUACUCCUGUGACGAGUGCGGGAAAACUUUCACCAACCCCUCGGACCUCAACAAGCACCAGCGCUCCCACACGGGUGAGCGUCCCUACCCCUGCGCCGAGUGCGGGAAGCGCUUCAGCCAACUCUCCAACCUGACGAUGCAUCAGAGGACUCACACACAGGAGAAGCCCUACCCCUGCGCCGAGUGCGGGAAGAGCUUCAAGUACCUGGCUUACCUCGCCAUUCACGAGCGCUCCCACACCGGGGAACGGCCCUUCCCCUGCACCGAGUGCGGGAAGAGCUUCAGUAACAAAUCCUCUUUGGCCCGUCACCUGAGAAUCCAUGCCAGAGCCGCAGCCAUGGACAACUCGACUAGACAAAGCCCUGUAGCGGGAGAUGGAGAGACACUGGGUCCUGCCUCGGAGGCUCGGCUGCAGCAGGUGGGGCCCACUAAAGAGAAAAUGGAAAAGCGAGAUCCUCUGGAACCAGGACCGGGGAAGGAAUCCGAGCGGGCUGCAAAAGAUCCCGUUGUGGCACCCCCCAUAACGGUAACUCCCAGAUGGUCCCGAAUUAGACUACACCAGGUCAAGACAGAGCCACAAGAAGGGAUGUCCCAGCAACGGCAGGUGCUGCAGGCCCGACAGACCUCUCCUGAAAUUGUAUCAGCUCCAGACCCUGCCUUGGGAAACCCUCAGCUGCCACAGCUUGAGCCAGAGGAUGACAUCGAGGUCUAUCUGGCUUCCUUCGAGCGACUGGCUGAAGCCUGCCAUUGGCCCAGAAGAGAGUGGGUGACCCGACUCCUGCCAUCCCUCACUGGAAAAGCCCAACAGGCCAUUAGCAGCCUGGAUGCCAGAGACGCCCGAGACUAUGGGAAGGUGAAGGCAGCCAUCCUGCGAGGCUGCAACAUCAGCACAGAGAUGCAGCGCCUUCACUUCAGGCAAUUCCGCUACCAGGAGGCCAAAGGGCCCCGAGAGGUCUGCAGCCGCCUACGGGAACUCUCUCAUCGAUGGCUGAAGCCAGAGAUCCGCACCAAGGAGCAGAUCAUGGAGCUGCUGAUCCUGGAGCAGUUCCUGACCAUCCUGCCCGAGGAAAUCCAGAGCUGGGUCUGGGUACGUCACCCGGAAACCUGCGCCCAGGCAGUGUCCCUGGCAGAGGAUUUCCAGCUGGGACAGCGAGAGGCUGGAGUGUGGGAGCAGCAGGUCACAGUGCGUGUGAAGGUCGAGGAAGUGACCCCAGAGGAGUCGGAGACCCCUGAAGCAUUAUGGGAAUCUCCGAGCUCCCAGCUGGAGCCACCACAGCCCAAUACCACGUGGGGAUCCCAGGAGGAGGUAGAAUGGAGCAAGUACAAGUUGCCACAUGCCCCUGAAGAGGAGAUGGAAGCUCUACAGGAAACUGCAGGUGCCAGGAUCCUGAGCAGAGCGGAGAAUUUGGGAGAGCAAGAAAACUUAGAUCUGGCCCGAACAUCGCAAGGUGGAUCAGGAGAGAGUGUCGCCUGCAGACUUGAGCGGGAAGAAGCCUGCAAGAGGCAGAAGAGAAACUCAGCUGGGAACGAGCGAAUUCCGCCAAGGGUGUUCCCACAGCUCCCUGCUCAAGGGACACCCGGGGCCGUAAAAGAUCUUAAAAGCCAGGCGAGCAGCGUUAACAGGAUGGAGAAACCCCACAGAUGUCGAGACUGUGGGGAAAGGUUCUGGGAGAAGCAGGACCUCAUGGCCCAUGGGAGAGUCCAUGAGAAGGACAGACCCUAUCCCUGUCCUGAAUGUGGGAAGAGCUUCAACAGACUGACCCAUCUCCGAACCCACCAGAGAACCCACACGGGAGUGAAACCUUACUCCUGUGGGGAGUGUGGGAAAAGCUUCGGCCACCUCUCCACGCUGACCACGCACCAGAGACUGCACACAGGGGAGAGACCCUACUCCUGUGCUGAGUGCGGGAAAACCUUCACCAACCCCUCGGACCUCAACAAGCACCAGCGCUCCCACACGGGCGAGCGGCCCUACCCCUGCGCCGAGUGCGGGAAGCGCUUCAGCCAGCAAUCCAAUCUGACAAUGCACCAAAGAAGUCACACCGAGGACAGACCGUACCCCUGCACCGAGUGCGGGAAGAGCUUCAAGUACCUCGCUGAUCUCACCGUGCACGAGCGCUCCCACACGGGUGAGCGGCCCUUCCCAUGCCCUGAGUGCGGGAAGAGCUUCAGUAACAAAUCCUCUCUGGCUCGUCACCAGAGAAUCCACGCCAGAGCCGCAGCCAGAAACAAGUGAGACCUGCUGGCCAAGAGCACCACUCCAGCUGUGUGUGUAUAAUAAUGUGAAGUAGAGGAAUGGAAACAGUUAGUGCAGGAACUGGGAGAAAUCAGCCCCCUUCUUCCAGUACCAGUUCCAUCUCUCCCUCACAGACCGCAUGAGGUGGAUUAAGAACCAUGAGAACAGAGGGUGGCUUCACCUUAUGCUCUGAGGAGUCCCAACUCCUGAAACCCCUGAGCAGGGACUGCUCCCUUACCUACUCUACUUAGCAAUUGAGCAGCCUGUCUCUUGUGUCCACAGGAACAUCAGUUAAUCUGCUCUGGUUUCCCUGUAGCUUCUCUAAGGGCUGGUCUGAGGCCUACUACAGGCUCUCUGUAUUUCUACUGUUUUGGGGUGGGGUGGGGUGUGUGUGUGUGUUUGUUAUAAUCUAGGGACUUGCCCAGGCUGUGAGCAGGUCACUCGAGAUAGGGAAGGGAUUUCUCCCAGGGGUUGGGAGGCCUAAGAUCUCUCAGCUCUAUGAGGAAAAAGAACCAAAGAAUUCCUCAAGGGCUGCUGCUUAUGUCAAACUCACGAGGUGACAUCAGACCCAGCACUGCUGGGAACUGUGGAUCCAGGGGGAGGUGUUUGGCCACAUCUGUGUCAACCAGCUCUGCCUCUGUGGCCUGCACAACCACCCUCUCCACACUCCAGACUUUCCAAGCCCUCCAAUGUCACUCUGUAACUAUGCCCAAAGUCUGCCGCAUCAUCCCAUCUCCUGAGAGGAGCUUCCUGCUAUUUCCUGUCCCAAACUAAGCAUUUAUGUUUGCUAUGUAAUUAAUUGUGUGUGUUUGUUCAUUGCCUCAUUAGUUUGCUGCUCCUGCCCUGCUCAUUGCCAUGUUAACUCUUUAUUUACUGCUCUGUCUCUGCUGUGUGUGUGUGUGUGUGUGUCCAUACUGUGUGACUGCUCAACUGCCCAUCAGUACAACUAUCGCUUUAGCUGUUUCUUCUGAGAUUUUGAGCAUGUAAUCUUGAUCCUGCAAUGAGCUCUCCACAAGCAAGAUCAGGGCCUUUAUUUUUAUUGACUGACCUACCUCGUCUGCUGCUUUUCUGAAUUGCUGGUAUUUUUUAGUUGAAUCGUGUGAACAGUCAUUGUAAUUAAGUGAAUAGUGUUCAUUAUUG